AGAGGAAGUUGAAGGUAAAAUAUUAAAUACUUUUCUCCCCCUUUUAAUCCUUACUAAUCAUCACCAUGCCUAGGAAAGGGAAAAAAUCUCAAGCAGCAAAAACUCGAUGGCAAAAGGUAUCUGUAAGUAGUGAUGCUAGUCAAAAUGCAAAUGAAGGUUCAAUAGACAUAGAGAUGUAUAACAUUAAAGGGAAAUCACAGCAGUCUACCAUGAAUGAAGUUGAAGUUCAGCAUGAUGCCAUUGCUACUGUUUGUCUACAGGCUUCUCGUAGUCAAAAUUCAAAAAAGUAUAUGGAAUUUUCUAGAAAUAAACAGUGUACAUGCAAUUCAUUAACAUUUCUCGCCUUCCUCUAUGAAAAUGAGAGCAUAAACAUAACAGACCUGGAUAACAUCUUAGAUCAAGGUGAUCAAAUGUAUCAGCAAAUCAGGAAAAGAAUAACUAAUGAAAAUUACUUGGCUUUGGAUGAGCUUUCUGAUCAGGUCACUGCACGUACCCAAGUGUACAAUGUCAACACAGAACUCCCAUUAAGGUUUGGAAUGUUUCAAGAUCUGCCAUCUGAAGAUGCAAACUUCUUCUUGGACUUGGAAGCUGGCUUAAGCUGUUUGUUAUCUGAUGUCCAGUAUGCUUUAUUAUUAAUGUCAAGUCUUUGUAUUGCUGUCUUUAGAAACCGUUCUGGCAGAUAUGGCUUCUUUGAUCCACAUACCCGAACCAGGAGUGGCUUACCUGUACUUGAAGAAUCACAUGAUUCUGGAACUGCUGUAAUGCUGACUUUUACACACUUGAGUGAUAUGGUUGCUACCUUGUCUUACAGUGCUCUUCACUCUGAUCCAGCAUCAGUGGUGCCUCCUGUAAAAGACGCUACUUCUUCAUGCAUUGGAAAGAGUACUACACAGCCAGACAGAAAGAGAACACGCAAAGAUGUUCAUGAUCAAAACCACGAUAAAGAAAGUACAACACAUAAAAGAAUAAAUAGGGGACAUAGUUUAUGUGACGCCUCUACUGUUCAAACUGAUGAUGGAAACAUGUCAAGUGGAAUUGAUGUAGACUCUAUCAUAUCAGUAAUCUUGAAUCUCUUGCCCUCAAACAACUCAACAGAUGAUGCUUUACAUCUUAAUGAAGACCAUAUACAUAUAAAUGAGAAUAUGGGUAAUAAUCCACUCACCAUUCCAAACUCGUCUGACAAAGUGAGUACAACGAUCUCUAAAUAUAACAAGAACAGAAGGAAAAAAGUUCAAAGGGCAUUAAAAAAAAGUAUACAUAAAGAAUGUAAAAAAGAUCAAUUGCAUUCAGAAGAAAUGUUAAAAAGAAGAAAACGGGAGUUUUCCAAGUUUACAUACUAUGAUGAUCCCAAAGUGCAGCACAAAAAACGGAGCCGAAUUACUUAUUUAUAUCGUAAUAAUCCAGAUUUCACACAAUCACAAAAACAAUAUUCUACCAAACGUUACCAUCAAUGUGCAGAGUUCCAAAAGAAGAAAAAAGAGUCUGUUAUGAGACGUUAUCAAAAAGUGGAAAAAAUUCGACUGCAGCAGAAACGUUACAUGACUGAACGCUAUAAUAAGGAUCCAGAGUUCAAGCAGAAACAGAAGCAGUUUAUCACUGAACGUUACAGAAACAAUGCAGACUUCAAGCGGAAACAGAAGCAGUUCAUCACUGAACGUUACAGAAACAAUGCAGACUUCAAGCGGAAACAGAAGCAGUUCAUCACUGAACGCUACAGAAAGAAUCCAGACUUUAAGAAUAAACAAAAGCAGUACAUCACUGAGAGAUAUAGGAAUGAUCCUGACUUUAGAGAAAAACAGAAGCUGUGUAUUAAUGCACGUUAUCAACAGUGUGCAAGCUUUAGAGAAAAGCGAAUACAGUAU